CUAACAGCCUCGCUGCCCACCGUGGAAGAGACCAUAGCCUGCAUUACAAAUCACUUGGAGAAAGUUAUAGAAAGUGCGGCACAAUCCCACACUGAGCAGGUGGAGAGCAAGAAACUUGCUGAUAACACGGACCAGGGCGGUGGGCAGACGGCCAGAGGUCACAACGCUGGACUGGACCGGGCACUCGAGCUGUACACUAGAUGCUGGAUUCACACAGAUCAAAUUGUGAACAUUGCAGAGAUGACUGUGAACCAACCAACUUGCGAGGACGGGUGCGCAAAAAGUGAAUUGACAGCCUGCCGGAUAACCGGCUUAGAUGAAUACGGAUAUCUGCAGGCUUCGGAACUAACUCCGCCGUUCAAAGUUUAUUCCCUACAUCCAGACGGCAACAGCUUUGAUUUGAUGAGAGGCCUUAUAGUUUCUAAGAAAAAGUGA